AUGGAGUCCGACGACUCCAUGUCUGUGCUGCUUCCGAUGGUGUCUUUGAUGCUUCUGCUCGUGUUUGCGGGCGGUCUGUGGUUCCUCCGCACGCGCAACCAGCUACGAGGCGCGUCGCAGUCUUUCCUUGCCAGAAUGCUGCUCCAGGAGCAGGAAACCGUAACGAGACUAGAUCUGGAGCGUGGAGAGGCACAAGCAGAGCGCUGGAAGUGCUCUGUGUGUGAAUUCAGCAACGCGUUGGACCGUCCGACGUGUUUGCUGUGCGGAACAAAGAAUUUCAAGAGAGAAGAACUGCCACGGCUCAAACAAUCAAUCGCAGGCAGAGACGAGCGUCUGAGCUCCACCAGCUCCAUUACUAUGCUCGCAAGGCCUUCACUGACAGCGCAAAGGUCUUCCAUACUCAGUGUCGGCAGUAGGCAGUCGCUGCGCCCUCUACGACUCUCCACACUCAAUCCGAGACAAAAGUACGCUCGACGACGGAAGGAAUGGGUGCGUUGUCUCGGAGAAGACGGCGAGUCCGCCUUCUGGACCCGAGCGGACGUCGCUGCAGCUGCUAGGAGACUCACAGUCGUUCACGGCGCUGCAGCAGGGCACAGCGGCCGCGUGUCCGUAGGCUUCGUGACGCACAUGGUGCGGCGCUCGUCCAUGAUGGGAGACGUCGGUCGCCUCACGUUCGCUGACGCUUCGCAGCUGGACGCAGCGGAGACGAUCAGCGGCUACAAACUCACUGCGCGCGAGUUGGAGCUGCUGGACCGCGUGUCGAGACUGCCAUUCCCCAAGAAAUACACGUGGUUCUUGGAGAGAAUGGGGGCGCUCUUGAGACCGUGGGAAGAAGGCCGCAUUAAGCUUCGAGUCCAGCGUGAGCACAUUCUCGUGGAGAGUAUGGAGCAGCUGCUGGGUAUCCAGCCUGAACAUAUCCACUUCCCUCUGCGCAUUGAGUUCGUGGGGGAAGCAGGGAUCGACGCUGGCGGGCUGCAACGGGAAUGGUUCUCCAUCUUGUUCGGUAGACUGCUCGACGACGAGCUGGGACUCUUCAUGACGUGCCAUCGACACACUCAAGCUGUGGCGAUUAACCCUCACUCGGAAGACUGUACAGCUGACCACUUGCUGUACUUCCGAGGCAUCGGGAGAUUACUGGGCCGUGCCUUGUUGGAAGGACAGACCAUGCAGGCGAGACUGUGUCUGCCCAUUCUCAAGCAUUUCCUCGGUACACCCAUCACGUUCUCGGACCUGCAGUAUGUAGACCCAGAAGUGUACACUAGUAUGCUCUGGAUCCGAGAUAAUGACGGUGUAGAUGCCCUUGAGCUCACGUUCUGCGUUACCGAGCUACGUGCGGAUGACGAAGUGAUCACCAUCGACCUGGUUCCCGAAGGAAGUGACAAACCCGUGACAGAUGCCAACAAGACGGAGUUUCUGCACCUUAAGUUGCGCUAUCUCAUGCUCGACCGCUAUGCGCCACAGCUCCAAGCUCUCUCGCUCGGACUGUUCGAGAUCGUCCCUCAAGAAGCUCUUUUAGUCUUCGACUACCAAGAGCUGGAGCUUGUACUGUGCGGGCUGCCAGAGAUCGACAUGAAGGACUGGAAGAACAACACUGUAGUCGCCCCCAGCUUCAGUGACACCCCGCUGGUCGUCGACUGGUUCUGGGAAGUGGUCCAGGGCUUCUCGGAAGACGAACGAGCUCGUUUCUUGCAGUUCUCGACAGGCUCGUCGCGUGUACCAGUGCAAGGAUUCAAGGGCCUGACGAGUUAUGAUGGACGCAUCUGUCCCUUUUCGUUGAGGCCGCUGCCUAACCAAACGCGUGGCUUCCCAAAGGUUCACACGUGCUUUAACCGCGUCGAGUUGCCGUUAUAUACCACCAAGACCGACAUGGAGACGGCUCUCUACGCCGUGCUUGAUAUGGAGUGGACCGAGUUCAGCGAGGAGUGA